UAUUAAUGUCGAUCGUUGUAAUUAGCUUCCGGUUAAAUAUUUUCUUAAAUAAAAUAUUUAUUGAAUUUGUGAAAGUGUUUAUUUAAUUGAUAGUGUUAUGAUUUCAGAAUUUAAUAAAAGGCGAUGGCAACAAUAACUGAAGUAAAUUAUACGAAUGGAAACUUUUUAAAGCCAGCGGAUGAAGACACUCAGAAUUUUAACGAAUCAGUAAUUGGAGACAAUUCAGCCACAAAACGAAUCAAAAUGAACGACGGAGUUACGGCACCAUUCAUUGAUCAACCUAUUUAUGAUUUAACGCAGAUUUCCGAUGUUGUCGCAGGUCCUGGAGCAAGAAGCAAUACAAUUGCUGGAAUUUUGGGUGGUGCAUUACCCAAAUUAACAUCAGAUCAAACAGAUAUGGUAACAAAAGCAAAAAAAUAUGCUAUGGAACAAAGUAUUAAAAUGGUACUUAUGAAACAAACAUUAGCACAUCAACAGCAGCAAAUGGCUAGUCAGAGGACUCAGGUACAGAGACAACAGGCUCUCGCCCUCAUGUGCAGGGUAUACGUUGGAAGUAUUAGUUUUGAAUUAAAAGAGGACACAAUACGUCAAGCUUUUUUACCAUUUGGCCCAAUAAAAUCAAUCAACAUGUCAUGGGAUCCGAUAACACAAAAACAUAAAGGAUUUGCGUUCGUUGAAUAUGAAAUACCUGAAGCAGCACAAUUAUCUUUGGAACAAAUGAAUGGUGUUAUGAUUGGGGGCCGAAAUAUUAAAGUUGUUGGGCGACCUAGUAAUAUGCCACAAGCUCAAGCAGUUAUUGACGAAAUUCAAGAGGAAGCUAAAAAUUAUAAUCGAAUUUAUGUUGCAUCUAUUCAUCCUGAUUUAAGUGAAGAGGAUAUUAAAAGUGUAUUUGAAGCAUUUGGUCCAAUAAUCUACUGUAAAUUAGCCCAAGGAAGUUCAGCUCACAAACAUAAAGGAUACGGCUUUAUAGAAUAUGAAACAAACCAGGCUGCAAUGGAAGCAAUUGCAUCAAUGAAUUUAUUUGAUCUUGGUGGUCAAUAUUUACGUGUGGGUCGUGCAAUCACACCCCCUAAUGCUUUAAUGGGCCCUUCGUCUGGAUCUAGUAUAAUGCCAACUGCUACAGCUGUUGCGGCUGCAGCUGCAACUGCCAAAAUUCAAGCACUUGAUGCUGUUGCAAGUAAUGCAAUGGCAUUAGGAUUCUCUAAAUUAAGUUCAACUCCCGCACUUCCUAUUCCAACAAUGCCUGUAGGAUUGGCUGGAAUCCCAUCGGUACCGGGUAUUCCAGCAGCAAUACCAACCAUUCCUUCAGUUAUACCACCUACACCUGGAAUGAUUCCACCACCAGGAUUAGCGAUACCACAACCACCUGGAGUUUUACAACCUCCAAGAGUUGUUGCAUCGGCAUUAGGCGCACCACCAGUUGCCAUACCUCCACCAGCAAUCGUAACUCCAACAUUAAGACAACCUGUAACUGUAACGAAUCCGACAACAACGACUGUAAAUCAAGACGCUUUAAAAAGGGCACAUGAACAAGCUCAACAAAAACAACAAGAAGAAUUACAAAAAAAAUUAUUGGAAGAAACUGAACCUCAAACUUUACAACAACAGGAAAAUAUGUCCAUUAAAGGACAAAAUGCAAGACAUUUAGUGAUGCAAAAAUUAAUGAGAAAAAUGGAGUCUCGUGUAAUUAUAUUACGAAAUAUGGUUGGACCUGAAGAUGUAGAUGAAACUCUUCAAGAAGAAAUUCAAGAGGAAUGCACAAAAUAUGGUGUUGUCGAAAGAGUCAUUAUUUAUAACGAAAAACAAUCAGAUAAUGUUGAUGAUGAUGCUGAAAUUAUUGUAAAGAUAUUUGUUGAAUUUUCACAAAUGUCAGAGGCUGAAGCCGCACGAGACGCAUUAAAUGGACGUUAUUUUGGAGGAAGGAUGGUUAAGGCGCAAUUAUACGAUCAAGCUUUAUUUGAUCAUAGUGAUUUUUCUGCAUGAAAAUAUUCAUUUCGAUCUUACUUGUAAUUAUAAUUUAAUUGUUUUUAAA